CUUGAGCUCAUGUACUACAAGAUCAUGACUUGAGCCGAAGUCUAACGCUUAACUGAGUCACCCAGUCGCCCCUAGACAGGUAAUUUUUAUUCACCAAAUGAUUCUUUAUUCUUGUUUUAAAGAAAGCCAAAGAGAGAGAAUGCCCUCUGCCUAGAAUUAACCACCUAUGAAUAAUAGUUUUCAUUGUUUAGGAUUUUGCAGUUUGCGGAAUAUUUUUUUUACCUGCCAUUUUUUCAUCCCACAAAUACUGCGUACCUUUUACAUCCCUGUUUUAUAGAUGAGGGAACCAAGGAACAAAUUAACUAAAUGCUUAAAAUCACAAGCAGAUUAUUGACAGGACUAAUUAAAAUUAGGUUCCCAGACUGCUAGUCCUGUCCAAUAUAUUAACAUGACCCCAAGUCAACUUUGUGUAUACAUCAUGGUAUAUAAUGUAUUUCUUAGAAGAUCUACCCACAGUCCACUAGUUUUGUUUACCUUAAUAAUAUUGCUCUAUUUUGUUACCUAUAGUAACUUCUUUUUAAGGGCAUUUUCAGUGCCUGGGGAAAUGUAUAUGUGCUCCGAAGUGCAGCCAGGCGUAUACAUGUGCAGGUGCACAGGGAACAUGCACCCUUAGCCUUCCUAUUUAGUCUGAGCAGGAAGGAAUUGAAACUUGAUGCCUGUGCCCAGAGCACAUUCUCUAACAUUCUGGCAUGGUUGUGUGAUUCUAAAAAUGAUGUUCACACCCGGGCAGGUGACCUAAACAGUCCGCGGCCUCUGCGUCACAGGACAUUACAGCUGUGAAGUCUUACAUAACUCUUGGCAUUGAGGUUCAAAAAUGGAUCACUUUGCUCACAUAGUCUUCACGGACCUGUCCGAGUGGUUUAUAUUCGCCUACUGGCUCUAGCUCUAUUCAUGAGACACGCUCAUGGAAUGUUCCUGCUGUUCUUCAGCCCCCUUGUUUACAGGCAUUCCAGCCUCCUUGCUGUAUACCCAGAGGCUCCCAAAGCCGCAGCUGUCAGGAUUCUAAUCCCUUCCACAAGGACUCGCUGCCAGUGUAUACAGUAGCAAACUGCGUGCUUCUGGGCUCACCUUUCAUGCACCCUCAGUGGUCUCUCCAGCAAAACAAAAGUUGUGGAUGAUACUUUUUAAACUUCUAGAAACUCAGCCCACCCGUUUAGUUUUCAAGAAAUGAUCAAGAAAACGUCAAUAUAUAGCCAUCCAUUAGUUCAUCACUUAAUGGAUCCAGGAACUCAAAAAGAGAAGAGAGAUGAUGACAGCAAGAAAGUGGUUGCAGAGAUCAUGGCAAGAUGUUUUGUUCCAAGUUUAAUAACAACCACCUCCUGGGAGGGAUUUCAUUUUGUUGGUCAUGAGAUUCGAAUUACUGAAGCCAUGGAUUCUUACGGUGCUGUUGUUUGGCCAUCGGCCCUUGUUCUAUGCUAUUUUCUGGAAACAAAUGUAAAGCACUAUAAUAUGGUUGACAAAAAUGUGAUUGAAAUUGGAGCUGGAACAGGGCUGGUCUCCAUCGUGGCAAGUUUACUUGGUGCACAUGUGACUGCCACAGAUUUACCUGAAUUACUUGGAAACCUGCAAUAUAAUAUUUCCCGAAACACCAAAAUGAAAUGUAAGCAUUUGCCUCAGGUUAAAGAACUCUCCUGGGGUGUAGCUUUAGAUGAGAACUUCCCCAGAUCUUCCAACAAUUUUGACUACAUUCUGGCAGCUGAUGUUGUCUACGCUCAUCCUUUCCUGGAAGAACUCCUCGUUACCUUUGACCAUCUGUGCAAAGAAACUACCGUCAUCCUCUGGGUCAUGAAAUUCAGGUUGGAGAAGGAAAAUAAAUUUGUAGAUAGAUUUAAGGAGUUAUUUGACCUGGAGGAGAUUUCCAGUUUCCCCAGCCUGAAUAUUAAGUUGUAUAAAGCUGUGAAGAAAAGCCGGAGGAGUGCAAGGAAAGGAAAGGUGGUUUCCAGAAGAGUGUUCCUUUAAAGAAGACCCUGGAUGAUCUGAUGUAGCAGUGACUUUCCCAAGUCACUUGCCUCAUACACUUGCCUCACCCCAGACAGGAAUUUUCCCACAUAUAGCACCUGAGUCUAGAAGAUGGCUAAGCCGUACCGUGUGGUCAUUGGUUAGGACACAGUCGACUUUUCUUAUCCCUCAAUAGCACCAUUUAUUAUUAUUAUCAUUUUAUUAAAUGGUACUAUUGUUUUUAAUGUGUAAUUGUAGGAUAAUUUUUAAUAUCUCUAAAAUGAGCAUUGCUAUUGCUUUAGA